AUGAGGACGACCCCCACGGCGGCGCUGGAGGUGGCUUUCGGCCUCCUCCCCCUCAACAUCGAUAUCACCGGACAGGCAAAGCUAUCAGCGUACAAACUGAUUUGCAUAGGCACCUGGAGGAGCACCAGGGCGGGCCAUACCGAACUGGGACUCACCCAGAGGAGCCCAUUCUUAUUCCAGCAGGACAAAAUACCUAGGAAAUUCCAGGUAGAGAAGUUCUUUAAAACAAUCAUCCGCUCACGAAAGGACUGGAGGCUAUCCCAGCCCACUACCUUUCCGAAAGUGGAUGCCUUGCUCACUGAUGGGUCGGGGGCUGACAAUAGGUUCGGGGCGAGAGUUUUCAACCCAGCGACCGACACUAGACUCAGCUUCCCCAUGGGUGAGCUAACCACGGUGUUCCAGGCCGAAGUGCUGGCCAUUUUGAAGUGCAUAAAAAUAUGCCUGGAGAGGAAUAGGACGGGCAAACACAUAAUAGUCCACUCGGACAGCAUGGCGGCCCUGAGCGUCGUUACCAAACCACAGGCCGAUUCGGCAAUUGUAUGGAAAUGCAUGCAAGCACUGAACGAAGCGGGAAAAAAGAACAAGGUCACACUGACCUGGGUACCAGGUCACCAAGGUUUCUACGGAAACGAGGUGGCCGACGGACUGGCCAAAAGGGGUACGGAGACACUACCUGCACACCAAGUGGUCGGAGUCCCCUUUGCCACUGGAAAGAAUAUCAUCCAAACCGGGCUAACACGCCAACACCUUCAUCUCUGGAAAACAAGAGCAGGUUGCAGGAAGCCAAACUUUGGAUGA